AGUGACUCGCUUCCUCCGCCGGCGGCGUUAUAAGUGGGUCUACCGAGAGAACAGCUGCAAACUGCAAUUAGUGGAAGCCCUGUAGACGAAAUCCUGCCUUGUUUUUCGUGUCCUCUUUAACCUAGAAGGACCUCGGAGUAUUUCGUUUUGGAAACAAGCGUCUUGGGUACCAGAGAGGAGACAAGAGAGAGAGGGUGUCUUUCAUUUGUCGACGAAAGAUUUCUUUGUGGUUGCGUACAGUGCUUGAAACGAGCCCUCUCCGACUGGGACAGUGUAUACGUGACGAGAUUUUUCGGACGGCAAACGUACGUUCAUCUAGACUGCGAGAAGGAUUUGAUACUAUCCCCUGACUCGGGAAACUACAAGCAGAAAAAAACAUGGCGAAAAGGAACAUCAACUUAAAGGUAGGAAAUAACCUUCCAGUUAACAAAGACGAGAAGAAAGAAAUGGAGUUGUUAGAAGACGGUAAGAAAUGUGACGUCCAUCAAGAAGGAAGGGAAAUAGAGAUUGAGGACGUGGAGAAGGGCAGGAAGGGAAAACUCGACGAAAAGAUCAGAAAUAUAGACAUGGACGACGGCGAUAGAAGAGCGAAAAUGAAGGAGAAAGGGCGAAAAAUGGCCGUGAAAGAAAAAGGAAAAGAGAUGACGACGGAGGAAGUGGGGAAAGUUCUGGAAAUGGAGGAAGAUGGCCGACUGAUCGGGGUGGAGGAAAGAGGGACCAGGACACAGAUGGAUCUGGGCGGGAAGAACCUUGCAAUGCAGGAGGAAGGUCGCAGGGUGGCGCUGCAGGACAGGGACAAACUGAUGCAGCUGGAGGAAAAGGGGAGCCGGAUGGAAAUGGACGAAGAUGACAGGAUGAUGGCAAUGGAAGAAGAUACAAGAAAGCUGUCGGUCAGAGAAAAGGGAAGAAAAAUGGGCCUAAAAGAAGACGAAAAGCGAUUGGCCAUGGCCAAGGAGGGGAAAAAGAUCAUGCUGGAUGAAAAAUCAAAAUCCAUGGCGCUACAAGAGAAGGGAAAAGAUUUAGAGCUGGAAGAGAAACAGAAAAAGAUGGAGGCCGAAGACAUGUGGUCAGGGAGGAAGAUCGCUUCUCAGGACACCCAAAAGAAAAUGGCGCUUGAAGAAAAUGGCCGAAAAACCGCACUCCAAGAGCGCGAGAGAAAAAUGCAGCUUGACGACAAAUUGAGAGGAAAGUCCAUGGAACUCGAAGAAAGAGGGAAGAGGCUUGCCGUCAAAGAAAAGGGAAAGAGCUUCGAGCUGGAAGAGGAAGGUAUGAAGGAGAAACAGAGAGAGGAAUUCCAGGGAGGCCACAAAUCGAAGUCGCAAGAAAAAACCAAGAAGGUCCAACAGACGACCGAAGAGACAGAAGACGGCAGGAGAAUGGAGCUCGAGGAGUCUCAGAAGGAGGAGGAACACAAGGAAGAAACGAAGGUGGAAAACUUCAACGGAGGGUACAUGGAGACCAGCCAAUCCAGCAGUAGCCAGAUGACGAGUGAGAGAAGAGAAGAGAGCUACGAAGGAGGGAACAUCACGAUGGGCAUGGCUGAUUUCGACGACGAAGAUUGGGGGAUGGGGUUCCCACCGCAGGGCAAAGCCAGCAGAAAACCACAGAAAGGGCGCAGAAGGAUGGGCUCCGGCUUCGAGAGAGAGAGCGACGACAAGAUGAGAGAAAUGGAGGAAGAGAUGGCGAGAAUGACAAUGGGAGGAGCACAGAUGAAGAUGCAGGGAGACAGCGCCAUGGAGGAUUUGAUGAGGAAGAUCAGCAGCCAACAGGGAGGAGGAACAACAAGGAAGAGCUACAUCCAGAGGGGAGGGAGUUUCUCUAUGGAUGAACUAAUGGGAUCAGGAGGGGAGUGCAGCUUCUACAGCCAUGACAUUGACCUCUAAAGCUCACAUGACCUUCAACAACAUAUCCCCAUGUUCAAAUGGUAACCCCGCCCUUAUAUUUUUACAUGUAAGGUCUAGGAAAAUGUUGUACUUCAGAUUUAAGUUCUGAAAAAAUCCUAUUCUUUCUUUAACCUUUUUUUUUUUAAUUUCGACUGAAGUAAUGACCCUCCCCCCCCCCUAAAGUCUAGGGUUGGCUGAUUUUUGUUAGGGCCGGUCUGGAAGCAAAAAAAACAUUUUUUUUCCUAGGUAUAAGAAAGAUCAUGAUACUUUACUGGUUAUACCAGACGACAGUCGGUGUAUAUUUGAUAUUUUCUUCGUACAUAUUUCGACAGAGGUUGUAGAAAUAUAACACAAUAUUUUAUAAAAUGCACGUAAAUGCACGUGUUUAUAUACAUGCAUUCUGUGACAAAUUCAAAAUUUAGACGUAACUUGACUUAGCCGUUUGUAAGCUUGACUAGCUAAACUGAUUAGAUUAAAACAAAAAACCAAUCGCUGUAGAGCAUGGAAGUUAUCUAAUGAACGUGUUUAAGGCACGUCCGUUAUACAUGAUAUCACCAAACAGUGUUACAGAGUAUUAACAUAUUUCACAGUUCUAUAUUUACAAAGACCUUACAAACCGUUUUGGUCUGGCACAUGUCUUUUCGUGACCAAAUUUUAGUUUAAACCAACGUAUUAACUGUUGUAUUUUUUAAUUCCACAAACUUUAAGGUAAAGAAAAAUCUUAGAUUUUAGUUUAUAAUUGAGAAGCUUAGUAAUAGGUUUUGUUGUACACUAACAUAACGAUAAGACUAGAUAUCAAUAUAAUAUCUAAUGUGAACCGAUAUAUGUAGUUGAAAAUCGUUAGAAGAGUUAGAGUUAGAAAUAUAGAGUGGUAAUAAUUUCUGGUUGGUAAAUUCAAAAUAUAGUAAUUUCAAAAUGAAUUAUGAAAAUGGAAAAUGUCAGAAUUUUGAUAAUAUUACAGACGUUUUAUCAAGCCAGCAUACCGCAGGGUCUUGCUUUAUUGGCGUGUUCCUGUCUGCCAACUGCAAUGCGGAGAAUGUCGUGUAUCUGCUUACAUUUGUCUGCUGCGAAUGUCCCGGAUUAGAACGCCAUGUGGGACUGUGUAGAACCAUCGAAAUGUGACGCUAAACAAAAUUCAUUUGUUGUGAUCGGAGAUACUGGAACAUUAGCAGUACGUCGACAGAAAUAAACAUGCGAAGAUUUCGUUUAUGGUAAGAGGGAUUUCAUGCUUUCUCUACGUAGUCUGGUUGUUUUAGUUUUAACACCUCUUGAUGCAUUUUGCAAUGGCAUAGAUUGAACGUCUUCCGUCGACGUCGCCUGAUAUUAUUUGUUAGCCAAAACCCUAUAGAUUGCAUUUCAAGUGAUAGCCCUGUUAACUG